GUUUGUUUUUGUUUGGUUUUUGUUGUGUUUGUGUUUUGUCUUUUUUUGUCAGAAAGUGAAAAUAAAAAUUGAGGGUUGAGUUGAGACUUUUGAGAGUUUCCUAAAUAGAAUUUUUAACGUGAUUUCGCUUUUUGAGUGUAAAAUUAUUAUUGAGAAACAGAAUCAAGUGUAAUCAAAUGGAAGUAAAACAAGAAAUUAGGGAGGAAAUGUGUGAAGUGAAAAAAGAGUAUAAUAAAUUUGAUGAUGAUGAUGUCCUUUUGGAUGGCUUUAAAUGUGAAGACUUAAAAGAAUAUCCCAUAAAUACUGAAAUCGAAAAACAUGAAAAUAAACUCAACCCAUUUGAAAAAAAUCAAAAAGGUUAUCUCCAAGACGAACACAAAAUGGAAAUUACAGAGACACUAAUUGAAGAUUCAUCUUACGAAGGAAAUUAUACGAGUCAACGCUCUGAAGAAAGAACAUUAAAUGAAAAUAUGGAAGUUGUGACUGAACAAAGACCUUACAAAUGUGAAACUUGUUUCAAACAGUUCAGUAAGGCAAGUGUCCAUAAAAGACAUUUGAAGAUACACAUUGGAGAAAAACCUCACAAGUGUGAAAUAUGUGCAAAGCACUUCGUUACUGGAAGUGACUUGAGAAGACAUUUAAGAACUCAUACAGGAGAAAAACCAUACAAGUGUGAAAUUUGUUUUAGGCAGUUUAAUCAAGCAGGUAAUUUGAAAACACAUUUGAGAGCACACAUCGGUGAAAAACCAUACAAGUGUCAAAUUUGUCUUAAGCGGUUUUCUGAACCAUACAUUAUGAAAGUUCAUUUAAGGAAACACACUGGAGAAACACCUUAUAACUGUGAAACUUGUUUAAAGCCGUUUAUUACAUCCAGUCAGUUGAAACAACAUUUAACAACGCACACUGGAGAAAAGAUUUAUGAGUGUGAAAUUUGUAAUAAAAAAUUUAUACGAGCAGGUUAUUUGAAAACACAUUUGAGAGUGCACACUGGAGAAAAAUCAUACAAGUGUGAAAUUUGUUCGAAGCAGUUUUCUCAAGCAGGUUCACUGAAACUUCAUUUAAGAAAGCACACUGGAGACAAAUUUUAUAAGUGUGAGAUUUGUUUAAAACAGUUCACUGAAGGAGGUACUUUAAAAAAGCAUUUGAGAGUGCACACUGGAGAAAAAUCUUACAAGUGUGAAAUUUGUUUGAAGCAUUUUUCUCAGGCAGGCUCUUUAAAAACACAUUUGAGAGUACACACAGGAGAAAAAUCUUACGAAUGUGAAAUUUGUUUAAAACAGUUUAGUCAAGCAGGCAGUUUGAAAACACAUUUGAGAGUGCACACGGGAGAAAAAUCUUACAAGUGUGAAAUUUGUUUGAAGCAGUUUUCUCAGGCAGGUUCGUUAAAAAUGCAUUUGAGAGUGCACACUGGAGAAAAAUCUUACAAGUGUGAAAUUUGCUUGAAAAGUUUUUCUCAGGGAAGUUCUUUGAAAACACACUUGAAAGUGCAUAGUGAAGAAAAAUCGUAACAAGUGUGAAAUUUGUUUAAAACAGUUAACCCUAUGCCCCCGUAGCAGAUUCGCCACUGGUACUGUCAUCUGGGGGUGUAAAAGGGUUCAAAUUGGGAAAAGAGCCCGCCUCCAUGAUGCUCUGUUUAACGUUCAGCUCUUGCUGCCAGACGGUGUAUUGUUCUAAUGUUGCUCGCUAUAAGGAUAGCGUCUUGGCACGGUGUACUGACACCGAGGUUUCUUACAUUUUAUUGUGUAAUGAGGUGAAGGGUUGUAAAGGAAAAUAACAACACACAGUUUAAGUUGAAGAAAAGUACGCAGCAAUCAUGUCUUGUAAAUUGUGCGAAAAACUUUGGAGCCAGGGGCAGAGCCAUGGCUCGAGGUCCAAGGGACCGCCCGUACGGGACCUUGGCCAGACGAGAUCUGAGAGAGCUUAGCAGAAAAUCACCCACUUUUAUAGUUUUUGGAUAAGCUCCGAUUUCUGCCAAGAACCAAUCAGGUUAAUUACCCGACCGAGAGGCGGAGGCUAUGCCAGAGAAGUGCGUGAUUGGUUGUUUGACUGAGCGCAAUUCACGACAGUACCUUCCCUGUCUGUAGAGGAGUGGAUCAUCCUAUACCAUAUUUCAAACAUGCUAUUCAGUGUACAAGGAUAGCCCCAUGCGAACUAAAUGAGAAUUUUCUGACAACGUUGUUGCUCUUCAUGACAGAUUCCGUGAAAGGUAGUAUUAGGCAGGUACUUGUAGAGGAUUAUCGCUAAUAACUUCUGUGGAAUACUAUAAAGGAGGAUUUAUUUAUGAUAAUUCACAGAAUGGCGAACCCGCUUGCAGUAUACAACCAUACUGAUUCUAACGUUUGAAACGGAGAAUAGGAAUAAAAUUUACAUUUGGAUCCAUGACGUCACUAUACUAGUCUUAUAUGGCGGCAUAUUUUUAAAAUAUUUGUCUAAAACUAAACAUUUUAAGAUUUAAAGCUAAGCCGAGUUUCUCCAAAUUUAAUAUAAAAACCUUUCCAGGUAAAAAAAUAGAGGGAUGAAAUAAACAAUAUUUUACACUUAAUAUUUAAAAUAUUUUGAAAGAGGUACAAACAAGAAAACCCGUGGAGAGAAAAUGUUGCUAAAUUGUUGACAAACUGACACGGGGUAAAAAUCGUAGUUGGUUAAAACCUGCUAGGCUGUACAUGUACAUUAAUGUAUUUAUCAGUAAAUUAACAAAUAAAACUUCCAUGUAAUUU